AUGGAUGAUCCUGUCGAAGCUUUUACGUCCAUCACAGGGCAAACAGAAGCUGUGGCAAGACAGUAUCUGGGAAUGACCGACAACAACUAUGAACAGGCAAUAGGAUUAUUCUUUGAAGCACCUGAACUCGCCAACAGCAAUAAUGAUACUUCUCACCAAGCGCCACCACAAAUACCUACUUCUACCAGACCACAAAGAUCCACGGCUCGUGCCCAGCAAAAUUCAUCAGUGGUGGUAAAUUUGGAUUCCGACGAUGAUAUGGAAGUGGAUAAUGACAACGUUGAUGAGGAAGACUCUGAUGCCGCAACAGCUGCCGCUAUUGCACGCGCGGCGGAAGUAGAGGAUGAUGCUGCUAUGGCGCGGAGAAUGCAAGAAGAGCUUUAUGCUGGUGGAGAUGCAAGUGGCGGUUUCGAUGCAGAAGGAGUAAGAGCACCUAUUGCGAGAACGACGGAGACACUUGUUGGUGGCACAGGAGGCUGGGAUGAGGGUGAUGAUGUACACAAUAGUGUUUUUGAGCAAUUGAGACUCCGACAACAAGCUAGAGCGCUUGGAGGUGGAGGCUCAGCCCGAACGGGAAUUUUCAACCAACGAGCCGUUCCGUCGAUCUGGGACCAGGAACACGAUGGGUUGGCACAGGCUACUGGAGGAGCUUUGGAAGGAUCUAGUAAGAAUGCCCGCCUUGCGGAACUCUUCAGACCACCAUUCGACCUAAUGUACAAGUUGCCUUGGGAUUCGGCUCGCGAGGAGGGAAAAGAGUCUGGAAAAUGGAUUUUAGUCAAUAUACAAGACAACUCUAUCUUCGAUUGCCAGUCAUUAAAUCGCGAUAUAUGGAAAGACCCUGGCAUCAAAGAUGUCGUGAAGGAGAAUUUCAUAUUCAUGCAAUAUUCCAAGGAUGACCCCAGAGGGAACCAAUACAUUCAGUACUACUUUCCACAGAAAGAUAGUGAUGCUGCAUAUCCUCACAUUGCUAUCGUUGAUCCAAGAACUGGUGAGCAGGUAAAGGUUUGGUCAGGACCUCCAGUACCAAAAGCUGCAGAAUUCCUCAUGCAAUUGGUUGAGUUUCUAGAUCGAUAUAGUCUCGAUCUUUCCAAGAAAAAUCCAGUUGCGAGACGAAAACCGGAGAAGUCAAAGUCGCUAGACGUCACUAAGCUCACUGAGGAGGAGAUGCUUAACCUAGCAUUGCAAAAUAGUCUCGCGAACAACGGAACGAGUGGGCCUAAAGCGGAUGAUCCAGAUGAUCUCACAAAGAGCUUCGGUGAUGUUAGCAAAGGAAAGGGUAAAGAGGUUGAGGAGCAAACUUCAGAGGCAGCCGAGCCCUCUCAAAAUACCUCUAGCGAAUCAGCCUCCCCAUUUUCUCAGAUUGCUUCCGACAGACCACAUAUGGAACCCGAAGGCCCUCUUUCGGAAAGCACGCGCAUCCAGUUCAGACACGCCAACGGUCGUAUUGUUCAUAGAUUUAGACUUGACGAUACAGUACGCCGUAUCUACGAAUGGCUAAAAUCGGAACCAUUGGAGGGCAAAGCAGGGGUCCCUUUUGAGCUCAGAAGCGCUGGCAAAGAUUUGAUAGAUUCCUUGGACGAAACGGUUAAAGUUGCAGGACUCAAUAAUGGUACUGUGAUGGUGGAGUUUAUCGAGGACUGA